GUCGUGCUGGCUGCCGUCGCAGUAAAAACAGGGGAGGGGAGACGAGGACGCGGCCGCUGCCUGCCGCACAUGCUUUAAGUCCCACUCCCCACCGCCCCAGAUCUCCGCCUCUCUUCCCACCUCCCCACAUUCCCCGGCGCCCCCCUCCCCGCGCGGCCGCAACCGCCGCCGCUGUCAGGAGCGAGAUCGGCGGGGCAGACGGGCGCGGCGCUUGUAUCUGUCGGUGGGAGAGACCCGCGGUGUCGGUGAGGAGGCGGGUGGGAAGGAAGUGAAGGUAGGAAGGAUGGCAGCGGGCGGCAGAUCCGUAGCGUACUGCGCCGCCGUGCUGCUCGCGGCCGCGCUGCUCCUCUCCGCACCGACUGGCACAGAGGCUUAUGAUUCCUUGGAUCCAAAUGGCAACAUCACUAUAAAAUGGGAUAUUAUGCAGUGGACUCCUGAUGGAUAUGUCGCUGUUGUCACAAUGUUCAACUACCAACAAUUCCGGCACAUUGGGGCACCUGGGUGGCAGCUUGGGUGGACAUGGGCAAAGAAGGAGGUCAUAUGGUCGAUGGUUGGGGCACAGACUACCGAACAGGGUGACUGUUCGAAGUUCAAGGGCAACACUCCCCACUGCUGCAAAAAAGAUCCCACGAUCGUCGAUUUACUUCCAGGCACUCCAUACAACAUGCAGAUUGCCAAUUGCUGCAAAGCAGGAGUUAUAAAUACAUUUAACCAGGACCCGGCAAAUGCUGCUGCCUCCUUCCAGAUUAGUGUAGGUCUUGCUGGGACUACCAAUAAGACUGUUAAGGUGCCGAAGAACUUCACUCUUAAGACUCCAGGUCCUGGGUACACAUGUGGGCGUGCCAUUGUUGGCAGGCCGACAAAGUUUUUCACCUCGGAUGGGCGCAGGGCAACCCAAGCUCUUAUGACAUGGAAUGUGACUUGCACAUAUUCCCAAUUUCUUGCUCAAAAGACUCCAUCCUGCUGUGUCUCUCUUUCAUCAUUUUACAAUGACACAAUUGUGAACUGCCCAACAUGCUCUUGUGGCUGCCAAAAUCCAAAUGGGUCAAACUGUGUGAAUGAGGAUUCACCUAAUCUACAAUCUGCAAUUGAUGGCCCUGGAAAAUGGACUGGUCAGCCUCUUGUACAAUGCACUUCCCACAUGUGCCCGAUAAGAAUCCACUGGCAUGUGAAGCUCAACUACAAGGAAUACUGGAGAGUGAAAAUCACUAUCACCAACUUCAACUUCCGCAUGAAUUACACGCAGUGGAACUUAGUCGCUCAGCAUCCAAACUUUGAUAAUAUCACUCAGCUGUUCAGCUUCAACUACAAACCACUUACCCCAUAUGGCAGUGGCAUAAAUGAUACGGCUAUGUUCUGGGGUGUAAAAUUCUACAAUGAUUUGCUGAUGCAAGCUGGUAAACUUGGGAAUGUGCAAUCAGAACUACUUCUCCGCAAGGACUCCCAGACUUUCACCUUCGAAAAGGGAUGGGCCUUCCCACGCCGAGUGUACUUCAAUGGUGACAACUGUGUCAUGCCAUCUCCUGAAAACUAUCCAUGGUUGCCCAACGCAAGCCCUCUAACAAAACAACCGCUGACCCUCCCACUUUUAGUAUUCUGGGUUGUGUUGGCUACUCUGUUGGCAUAUGCAUGAUGAGUGGGAUCAGGAGGUUUAGUGAGCUUCAAGUUGAUGUCAGAUUCCAUGAGGUGCACUGCAACGGGUCAUUUGUUCAUUCAAUUACAUGGUUGCACAGAAGAGAUGACACCACGCAGAGAAAAAAAGUUUAUGUGUGUGUGUUUUUGUAAGUUAAAGGGCCGAAAUGUAUUUCUUGUUUCGUAUAUACUGGCCCCACAACACUUAGUUACUGCAAACUAGGUAAUUACAGUUGCACCUUUUGUAUUUUAUAGCAAACUCAGAAUUUUUCAUUGGAUUAUAUGACCUCUUCUUGUAGUAAAUGCGCGGUUUUCGUUUUGUAAGAUUUGUUGAACAGAAAAGACAAUGAUGAUUGAGAUCACUAAGUUCUGG